AUGCAGACAAGUGAGCCAGUAACAACUUGUAAACAGUUCAAAGGGCGUUUCCAGUUAUGGCCUUCCUGGUCGAAAUCCACCACAGCAAAUUUCAAACAGGAUCAAGAGCGCGGCUGGUCCUACCUUGAACUUACCACAAAUGGAUCAUACAGUGACAAUUUACAGGCGUAUGCUGCUGGUGUGGUGGAGGCUGCUGUCACACAACAGUAUAUUUAUAAGCAUUGGAUGAACACACUGUCUCACUAUUGUGGACCCAAAUAUCUGACUGCCUACUGUGAGAAGCUUAAAAAUUACAUAGAGUCCAAUCUGGCUUGGAUUGAAGAUCAAAUAGACAAAGAUGGGGAUAAAGCGUACUGGCAUCAGGUGAAAUUGAUAUUACUACAGCUGCGGGGACUAGAGGACAGCUAUAAUAACCAUAUUUCAUUUCCUCAUGGGAAGUUCAACUUUCAACCUUUUGGAUUCAUUCUUUUUCAGAUGGCUGGUGACUUGGAGGAUCUUGAAAAUGUAUUUAAUAGAACCGAUUCUUCAAAGGCUUUUGGUUCUGGGUCAUGUUCUGCCCUCAUCAAAUUGUUGCCAGGCAACAAAGAUCUCCUGGUAGCCCAUGACACUUGGACUAACUAUCAGUCGAUGCUGAGAAUCAUUAAGAAAUACAAACUGUCUUUUAAAGAUGUUCCAGAAGGUGGCCUCACCAUACCAGGUGAGGAGCAAGCCUUCUCAUCAUAUCCUGGAACACUAUUUUCUGCUGAUGAUUUCUACAUCAUGAGCAGUAGAUUGGUAGCUCUAGAAACCACAAUAGGUAAUAAUAACGCACGUUUGUGGAAGUUUGUGCAGCCCGUCGGCUCAGUGAUGGAGUGGUUAAGGAACAUAGUAGCUAAUCGCCUGGCUAGGAAUGGUGCGGAAUGGGCUGCAAUUUUUAGGAAUUUCAACAGUGGCACAUACAAUAAUCAAUGGAUGAUUGUGGACUAUAAUUACUUUACACCAGGACAAUUUGGUAUGAAAAAGAACUUGCUGACAAUUUUAGAACAAAUACCUGGGCAAAUAAUAACUGCUGAUAAAACAGAUGAACUGAUGCAGAGUGGUUACUGGGCAAGUUACAAUGUACCGUAUUUUGAAGAAAUUUUUAAUGCCAGUGGUAAAGCAGCCCUUGUGAAGGAAUUUGGAGACUGGUUCAGUUACAACAAGACCCCUCGAGCACUGAUAUUCCAUCGAAAUCAGACUUUAGUUACUGACAUGUAUUCAAUGAUUAAAUUAAUGAGGUACAAUAACUUUGAGAAUGACCCUCUUUCUGAAUGUAAGAAAUGCAAUCCUAAAUGCAACGGCGAAAAUGCAAUUUCUGCUAGAUCUGAUCUAAAUCCAGCCAAUGGAACUUACCCAUUUUCAGCAUUAGGACAGCGUUCACAUGGUGGUACAGACAUGAAGGUUACUUCGUUUGAGUUACACAAGAACUACCAGAUGAUUGCAGUGAGUGGUCCAACAUGGGAUCAAGUUCCAGCAUUUCAGUGGAGCAAAUCCCCUUUCAGCAAGCUUAUGCACAAGGGACAACCUGAUCUUUGGAAGUUUCUACCAGUAAUGGUGCAGUGGAACUGAAAACCUAAGAACAUUUACCAGAUUAAAAAAGUAUUUUAAAUCGGAAUAAGCCAUUUAUGUUUAUCAACUGCCUCACUUUAAACAUUUUUAUGUUAACUUUGCAAAGCUGAUUGUUGAAUGAGAGUAAUUGUAAAUGUCUGAGCACAAUUUGUGGUGUAAAUUUUGCAAAAUAAUCACUAAGUCUUACCAAAGUUGCAUUUUGAAUGCAUUCUUGCAUCAGUAUUGUUGUGUACUUGAUUUGAAUUUGAAGCAUCUAGUGUUCCAAUUUAAUAUGAACAAAGCAAAAAUAUUCACAAAUUAAAGCUUAUGACAGGGUUUUACACCAAAUGUGUUUUUACAGCUAAUUAUCUGCUAAGUAAAAGGCUUUUUGUUUUGAAGGCUUUAAUCUUUGAUAAUUUAAUGAACAAGAGAAAAUUCAACUCCCAGGACGACAACUACUUUUCAAUGAGGGGGACCUGAGGGACUGGAGUGUAUCUGAUUGACCAUGACAAGUCACGCAGACUGAGCUGUCCAGUAGUUAUACUAAAUAAAAGUUCAUUUUAAGGUCAAUUCUUAAAGAACAAGUCCCAUGACGUUGGAUACAUGUUGCACCUUCCUGUGACUUGUCCAUCCAUAUGAUUGAUUAGUUGCCUGCUGGUAGAUCACCCCACCAAAAACUUUGCAAGUGCAAUCAAAUUGCCGGACUUAAUAUAUGGUUGCUGUUAACCUGAUUGGAACAUUGUUUGAAACUUCAGCUUUUCUUUAAUGUUUCUUAUAUUCUACAUAUCUGGUGCUAAUACAGAAAUUUGUACAUUACGUUUGAAUACAAAGUUGCUGAUUUAUUCUUGAGCACAAUGCAUGUUUUGAUAUAUAAAGUCAGUGAAAUAGGAUAUGUGCAUCAAAUUUGAGUGGCUUGAUUUAAUGUUGGGAUAGAAUAAUGUAUCUUUUCCAGGUCUGUACCUUGCUGAUGGUAUCCAAAUGAUCAAUUUUCUUGUGUCAGGAAAAAUAAACUUGGACGGGAGAUGAAUGGUA